GGAAGUAGUGAGGGGGCGGGGCUGCGAGCCGUAGGCAGCGCGCUGCCGCUGAUUGGAAACCAGUGCCCCAGUCAGCAAGGAGCGCGGCGUUUGGCUGGGAUGCUGCGGGCUGGAGCACCUACCGGGGACUUCUCCCGGACCGGAGAAGUCCACACUGGGACAACCAUCAUGGCAGUGGAGUUUGAUGGGGGUGUCGUGGUGGGUUCUGAUUCCCGGGUGUCUGCAGGAGAGGCAGUGGUCAACCGGGUGUUUGACAAGCUGUCCCCUCUACACCAUCGCAUCUACUGUGCCCUCUCUGGUUCAGCCGCUGAUGCCCAAGCCAUUGCGGACAUGGCCGCCUACCAGCUGGAGUUGCAUGGGUUGGAACUGGAAGAACCUCCACUGGUUCUGGCUGCUGCAAAUGUGAUAAGGAAUAUCACCUACAAAUAUAAGGAAGACUUGUCGGCACACCUCAUGGUAGCUGGCUGGGACCAACGUGAAGGGGGCCAGGUAUAUGGAACCCUGGGAGGAAUGCUGACUCGACAGCCCUUUGCCAUUGGUGGAUCUGGCAGCACCUAUAUCUACGGUUAUGUGGAUGCAGCAUAUAAACCAGGCAUGACCCCUGAGGAGUGCAGGCGCUUCACCACAGAUGCUAUCACUCUGGCCAUGAACCGGGAUGGCUCCAGUGGAGGUGUCAUCUACCUGGUCACUAUCACCGCUGCUGGUGUGGAUCAUCGAGUAAUCUUGGGGAAUGAGCUGCCAAAAUUCUAUGACGAGUGAAUCUUCCUCUGACUUUCCUUCCUUGUUUUUAAUAAACUCUACAGGACCAGA